AUGAAGAGAGGAGGUGUUGGUGGUGACAUUGGUGGUGGUAACAGGGGUUACUGCAGAGAAGAUGCAAUAAACAUCUCUGUCAGGAACAGUAACAAGAUUGAGCGUAUUUUUUAUCAAGGUGUCCGCUCUGAAAUUUUCUGUUACGGUAAGAAUUUAGCUUUGGUUCCAUUGCCGUCUUUCCGGCAAGGCACUAAGAAUACAACAUUACUUCAUCCUGUAUUUCAGGGACAAACCUCGCUCAAGCUAGGAGGUUCUCAUCUUAAAGAUUUCAAUAUCGAUCAGAGAGAUGGAAGUUAUAGCAUUUAUGUUUAUCUCUACCUUACCACCCAAUUAAAGCAUGCUGGUGGUGGCAAGAGCGGAAAAAGUGAUUUCAUAGUUAAAUGUGGAUUAUUCAGACUUCGUUUGUUGGGUUCUUCUUCUUCUUCUUCUUCUUUAGAUAAUCAUCAAUCCGGAAUUGGUGGCUUGUUUAAAACUAGGAGGUGCAAAUUAUAUGCCGACCGCGACGAUACUGAUUAUAAUCAUUAUUAG